AGAGGCGGCUGGGGAGCCGAGCGAUUCCGGAACGAGCCGAUCUGAGCGGGAGCCGGAUAGUCGUAUUCGCCCUGCACAAACAGUCGGAGUUAGUGGCGCCGCCACUGAGAGACUGAGCCCCAGUUUCCCCGCUCAGUGCCGCUGCCAUGGCCAGGGAUUAUGACCAUCUCUUUAAGCUGCUUAUCAUCGGGGACAGCGGUGUGGGGAAAAGUAGUCUGCUGCUGCGAUUUGCAGAUAACACAUUUUCAGGCAGCUAUAUUACAACGAUAGGGGUAGAUUUUAAGAUAAGAACUGUGGAAAUCAAUGGAGAGAAAGUAAAGUUGCAGAUCUGGGACACGGCUGGACAAGAACGAUUUCGAACCAUCACCUCCACGUAUUACAGAGGCACGCAUGGAGUUAUAGUAGUAUAUGAUGUCACCAGCGCAGAAUCCUUUGUAAAUGUCAAGCGAUGGUUACAUGAAAUAAACCAGAACUGUGAUGAUGUGUGUCGGAUACUAGUUGGCAACAAGAAUGAUGACCCAGCGCGUAAAGUAGUGGAGACCAAUGACGCACAGAAAUUUGCAGAACAAAUGGGCAUUCAGCUUUUUGAAACCAGUGCAAAGGAGAACCUCAACGUUGAAGAGAUGUUCAAUUGCAUCACAGAGCUAGUCCUGCGGGCCAAGAAAGAGAACUUAGCCAAACAGCAGCAACAGCAGCAGAAUGAUGUCAUCAAACUGUCCAAAAAUAGUAAAAAGAAGAGAAAGUGUUGCUAACGAGGAAAAAAAAUAGACUUCUUUGCAAUGAACAGUCCCUUUCACUUGGACUUGUGUAUCAUGAAGUCAAAAAUGGACAUUUUUUCCCACACCCCACCCCCCCCACCACCAACCCCAGGAAGGAUAAUGUAUGAGAGCAGAUGUGGGAUCUUGCCGGCCCAGUGGUGUUGCUCCCAGAUUUCGGCUUCCGAAUUACUUUUUUUUCCCCCUGAUUGAAAGCGACUGCGUCGUACUAGCUCAGUGCCAAGAUUGGAUCAGAUCGUCUCAUUCCAGUUCAAUUUGUACAGAUGUACAGAGAAGAUCAACGAGUGACUUGUCUCGCCUGAGGGUUUUAAAAACCCUGUACGUAAUGUACGCCUUUCAGCUUCUAACGCUACCCCCCUUUUCAUCAACGCUUCGCCUAAUACUUUCAGAUGCCAAGAAAUGAUGAACAUUUUUUUUGAUAAGAAAGCAAACUUCUUCGAAUCAAGCUGCUGACUAAUGUUGACACAAGGCCACUUGUUCCCUCCGUUUUUGCACUGUUCCUGCUGUAUUAGAUUCCCCUUGACAUUACCCGAUUUAUAGUUUUGUGUUUGGGGGCAAUGUUGGAGGGGGAGGGAAGCUAACUAUCAAGAAGAAGUGAAGGGGCAGGGACUCACUAUUGGACUAGGCAUUUUUAUGAAUGGAGUUCCAGAGCCCCUUUUUGAUUUGGAAUUUUUAUCAUCAAUUAACUACUCCACUAUUUAUACCAAAAGUGGGUCCAGAAAUUUUGGUUAACGAGUUUAUCUUCUGUAGAAUGGUAAUUAGCCUUGUACUAUAAUGAAAGGGCGGGGGGAAAUAUAGGGAAUAAACAACCUUAACAAAAUAAAGUAUGUAAUAAGGUAAGGUGAAUGAACAGUGUUUUUCAUAAGCCUGUUGAUCAUGUGUGUUAAUGCCUCAGACCUUCAUCCUGGAGGCAGGUGAUUGAUUGAUUUAUGAUAAUAUCAAACUGCAAACAGCACAAAACCUGUGUCCUGCAGCACAAAUAUAUUGUGCAGAAGUGCACCUUUUACUGGGUGGGGGCUAUUGCACAUUAAAAUGGGAGGAGCUAAAAAUAAGUCUAGCUUGUAAAUGGUCUUUUCACUGCUGUGACUUGAGUCUAUAUCAAGGCCAUGUGGGUGAAAUCAAAGUCUGCACUGCCAGGUAUAAGAGGCCUUGCAUGGGAUAAGUUUAGGCAGUCUCAAUCCAGUUUCUAUUGGGAAAGCCCCACUUUAUCAUUUUGGCAGCUACAGCCUGAUAAGCCACAAGAUAGCUGAGAAAUGGGCAAAAUGUCAUGUUGAAGUACAGAAGAUGAGCUGAGGUUGGAGCAGAGUCGAGGGAGCUUUGCUUUGUGUUUGCCCCUUGCUGUUACCUGACUUAGGAGUGCUAGAGGGAGAUAUAUGCAAAGCUUGACUUUGUGUCUAACCUUAGUAUACCUAACCUGCUUGAUGUUGACAUGGGGUGCCUGAAAUGGAAGUGCCCUUUUCCCCAGCAUUAACAUCCUACACCUUAAAGAACACGCAAACCAACUGAUCCUCACCCUUACCCCACCUCCCCCAAAGGUAUACACCAGUGAAUCAUCACCUGAUCUGUGUAGAAAUAUAGCCAAUGCUGCUGGGAGGGUGGACUGUCAUUGGUUGUAAGAGCUCUAAGUGCAAUCUGGGUGGGUUGAAUCUGCAGCACAAAACUGCCCAAAAUUGAGUGCUGAUUGUCACUAAAUCAUGGGUCUAAUGCCAUGGGGUCAGCCUUUGUUGGGGGAUGGAUGAGUCACCUGGUGGGAGAGUAAAGCCCCAUUGGUCACUGCAUUGGGAGUUCUACCUGGGGUCAGAAUUGUGAUGUACCUAACCAGGCAAGUACUUGGUUGGGAAUAAUAAAUGCCAGUAUUUUUUAAUGGGACGUUGAAUGAAAGUAACUUAAAUAACUAUUAUUUUAAGGGUUACCAUUUGCUGACAAUUUUAAAGAAAAUGUAUUCUUUAUUUGUGUACAAGGUGGACGUUACAUCAAAAGAGAAGGCCUACUUUGCAAGGUGUAAUAUUGUGGAAUCCCUUCUGUUCAAAGGUGUAUCUUAAAAUAUCUGAAAUCUUGUGGCAAUUGGUUAUGCAACUGUUCGUAAUGACAAUUGUGUAUUAAAACACAAAUUAUUGCAAAA